AUAAGGAGCCGCGCGUUCAUUUUUCUGGCUAAAACAUACCUCAGUGCCUUCCAUCUAACCAAGUAACCCUCCGCACCUCAGUUCCGAAUUGCGUAUUUCGCGCUUGACGCUGACGUAAGCUAUUGAAGUUUUCCCGUUGAAUUAUCCCAGCGCCUCCGAACACGAGUUGGCUAUAGAUGAGUGAACUGUCAGAAGACACUGUCUUACGACAGCGCGCCCAAAGCUCAUUGCUGUCGGAGAAACAAGAAUGCGAUGUGGAUAAGCUGACGGAGGAGGUCGUAUGGGGCAAGACUCCUGCUGGCGUCGUGUUCCCUGUUCCUACCACAUACGACGUCUUGACCAAUCUAUUUUACCCAACUCAUCCAAAAUCACAUCUAGACCUCUUCAAUUUGUCUCUAUUGGCGUUGCAAGUCCUACUUUUCUUUUCACUUCCAAGAACCACUGCCCGCGCAUUUUUUAUGUUCUAUUUUGCAUUCUGGAGAUGUGCUUAUGAUCUUGGGCUUGGGUGGAUUUUGACAAAACAGAGCAAGAAACGGUGGAUUGUUCGCGAAGUGCAAAAACGCGGCUGGCUUGACGAGAACAAGCGUCCCUUAAUAUAUUCAUGGAUCCGUAAUCAACUACAGGGGAAGAUGGGGAAAGACUAUUCGUUCGAUUCUUUGCCAAUUGAGUACAAUGCAUGGCUUCUUUUCCGUCAACUCGUUGAUGUCAUCUUAAUGAAUGAUUUCCUUUCUUACACGCUUUUUGCAUUUACCUGUUUCCGCCUGCCUGAAGGGCUUUCGAUAUGGAUGCACAUCUUGAGAUGGGCUGGUGGUCUCACGCUCAUCGCAUUCAACCUUUGGGUGAAGACCGAAGCGCAUCAUGUCGUGAAAGACUACGGCUGGUAUUGGGGUGAUUGCUUCUUUGAGCGGGGCGCAUUGGUAUUUGACGGCGUCUUCGAGAUGGCGCCUCAUCCUAUGUACUCAGUCGGAUACGCGGGGUAUUACGGAUUGUCAAUGAUUGCCGGCAGCUAUGCUGUUUUGUUUGCCAGCUUGGCGUGUCAUGCCGCCCAGUUCGGCUUUCUGGUUUUCUUUGAAAACCCUCAUAUUGAGAGGAUGUACGGCCAAAGAAAACUGAUGUCAUUACGGACACCACCACCACUUGACACGGACGCGGUGGAAACUGAGGCCAACACUCCUACAGUGCCAGGCCUUGAGCAGCUUUCAGGCCUUGGUGCCUCUGAAAUCUUUUCGCUGAACAAUGAAGCCGAUGAGUCAGUGACCGAGGUCGAAACAUCCACAGAUACGGAUGACCACACAGAAACCGAAGCUGAAUGUGAAGAUGCUGUUCCUUCACGUUCUGGGCGUUCCGACCGGCUCGGCAUCGGUAGACAGUCACCUUUGCCGAACAGCAUCUCUCGCUCUCCCCCUUCCAAAGCCAGACGCAGCCGUGCGCGGCGGCAAUCUUUCUCGCAACAUGAUCUGCUUACCCGCUACUUCAGGAAGGAUCCUAUCGGAUUCCACAAUAUCGACGUAUUGAGGGCUGGCGACGUCCAACUUAUUCUACUCAUUUUCUAUGCUGUCGGGAGUGCCAUCACUCCUUCCCUAUCUCCGGCUAGUACUCUCGCAGUACACUUUGUUCACGCUCUUGUCUGGCGUAUUUUCCAUUCUUUCGGCCUCGGCUCUCUCCUGAGAAGCCAGAGUGAACGUAAGGCUUAUGUGAAACAUUUUAUCAAACACUACGUCUAUCACAGCGAGGAUGUGAAACAAUCAGCGUUAGAAGAAGCGUUCACCAACUGGAAAGGGUUAUACAACUUGAGUUUGUGCAUGACCUACGCAUCUUUUAUUGGCCUUGCAUGGAAGACAUACGCUCCGCCGCAAACUUGGUCCCAUGGGGAUGGUUUGCUUCGUCAUAUACUUGGAGCGAUGCUAAUCGCGUUGCAUGGUUGGACAGCCAGCCAAUCCUACGAUGUACUUGGUGUCUUUGGAUGGUUUUUCGGAGAUUUCUUUAUUGAUGACUACCCAGCCACACUCGAUUAUACUGGUAUCUAUCGUUAUUUGAACAACCCAGAAAAAACUAUGAGUGGCGCAGCACUCUUCGGAAUGGCCUUAAUCAGUGGCAGCAAGCUGGUUUUUGCUCUUGCGGUAAUAUCUACAGCCUCACAUUGGUGGUUUUUAAGCAAUGUUGAGGAUCCGCACAUGCGCAAGGUGUACGGGCCUUCGAUUCGGAAGGAGGCCGGUCUUACGAAGACGAUCAAACUUCUUGCAAUCAAAAACGCCGUGGCUUUGGAGCGCGGCCCUGGACGUCAUUAUGCACCCACUAUCAAAAACGUCGCAAAGGAGUUCCGGGGCACCAUUGACAAGGUCUAUGAGGAUUACACAGAUGUAUUGGAGGAGUUCUUUACCAAAUCGCGCCCCCGAGUUUCUGAGGUAGUUCAAGAGGCAAAAGUUUUGCUUCAGCAAUCCGCCGAGAAACUUGUCAUCACUCCGCUGGCGCAGGAUCUUUCCUCACUAGAUGUAUCAAAAUACGAGCUUUUCUUUGAUCGAAAACCUCUACGUUUCCACUUAGGAGAGCCCAUCCGAUUAACUUGGCGAGCACCUUUGAACCACUCGCGGAAAGAUUGGAUUGGAAUGUACAGGGCUGGCGCUAAUAAAGAUAAACGUGUAACCAACACGGUUUCCUUGUCUUGGCUUCCGGUCCAUGAUGAGGAGUGGGAGGGCAAUUCCCCCAUCUCUCCGGACCAGGUGACACGCCCAGAAACUGAUAAUGGUGUGGUCGAGUUCAAUGGCAGCAAACUUCCUUGGCACGUCGGGUUGUAUGAGAUUCGUUAUCACCACGACAAGAAAUACAACGUCAUGAAAACUGCCCCACCUGUAGAGAUAUACGUGACACGCCCAGAUGGGAUGGACUUCGAUUCAGUGCGAUCAUGCUUGCUCCGUAUCAUCCCCUGGUGUCUGGACUCCGAUCCAUCUUUACUUCCAGCCUCUGCGACCAGGUCUCGGCGUACCGGAGACAACGAUCGUGUGGAAUCGGAUGAUGACUUCAGAUUCUGGUCUGAAGCCCAAGCAAAGAGAAUAGCAGUUUGCAUCAAUGCCGCUUUUGGUGUGGAAUGUUCGCACGAAGUCAUACUCGGCGAGGCAAAUGUGUCGGCAUUGGCCAACCGCAUAUUAGCGAUGAGGGAACUAAUGGACUUGGAUAAGCGCCAGGCGGUGGGGGUGUAAAUACAUGUCUAGCUAGGACAGUGGAAUCAGACGAAAUGACUUCUACAUAAUGACU